AUGGCUUGUUGCUUUAAGAGCAAAACUGUGAAGGAGGCGGAAGUGGCCUCAAGUUUUAAGUGUAAAACGGUGAAGGGAGCGGAGGUGGCUCCCAAUGAGGAUGGCGUCUCCGACUGGGAGAGCCUUGGAUUUGAAGAAAUUCCCUUGGCAACUCCACCGCUGCUACAGCGCAUGUUAAGCAGGGUGGAUGUGAGGGACAAAGCCCCGCUGGGUGGCGUCCGAGAGAUGUUGUGGAUUUUUGCCGAAGCCUGGAAGGAAAGAACAAAGGCUUUGGAUAAAGUAUGCGCUUCUGAAAUGCAAAAAGAUAAAAAGAUAGCGCAACUUGAAGAGAAUAUUAAAGCGCUCGAAUCUGACCAAGCUAAAACGCAGAAAAUCUUGGAGAAAUCAGUGGCUUUUAUUUCUUCAAUGGCGCGCGAGAAAAGUAAUAAAAGACCGCGUCGCAUCGACCCAAAACAGGUCCGCUCUUUCGCUGUGGCACUCCAGGAAGACUGGGAGCCAGAGGGAUGGAAUGGCGACAUAUGGGGAGAUGGCGACAUGCAAUAUGGCGGGGAAAUGAAACCUCAACCGCUGUAUCCACAACUUGGACAUCUCCAAGUUAAACCGAUCUCGCGGAGACGGGAGGAACAGCAUGUUGUCUUGCCCGUCUUUGAAGAACAGCGAGAUGAGAAUAAUGUACCUAUAGUUGAUAGGGAAGGAAACCCUAUAAUGAGGCGAAUAGAACAGCCUCAGCCGCCGCCCAGAAUGACGAUAACAAAAGAGGACUUCUCUCAGGAAGAGAUAGCCCAUUUAACAUCAAAGUAUCGACAAAAGCAGGGAGAACCAGCUGAUUCUUGGCUCAGGCGGAUGUAUGAGGAAGGAGCUGACGCCAUAGAGCUUGACUCAGAGGACUUUUCGCGAUUUGGAGGCUUGAGUUCAGAUUCUCGAAUGAAUGCCGAGUUUCGUGCAAACGGGAGAGCAAUGGCGGUAGGUGAUUCUUUUUCGCUAUUUGCCUUGUAUGCUAUGACAGCGCAAUCUGUGUAUCCAACGUGGCAUGAUUGGCCCAAGAUCAAAGGGCCUUGGGUAACCAUCCGCGACGCAAUUCACAGGAUGGGGAGAUUGUGUACGCGCGAGUCGAUAUCGCGAGCGGGUCAUGCUUUUAUUGAUGAAACAGCAGUGCCAAAAGUGGUGCGUGAUGCAAUGAUUCGAGACGCACCUCCCCACUAUAGGUCUGCGAUACUUACCAUUUUGUUAGGAGCCGUCGAUAACAGCUUUAGUGACGUGAAAACGCGCUUGUUGGAGUUGGCGACUCUAGGGGAUUGGGGAGAAACAACUCGCCCCCCCCGGGAAGAACAACGAAGUGAGCGCAGGCCUGAUAGAGACAAUCGUGGACAGCGAUCCAACAACGAGGGAGGGGGAAAUAGGAGAGAAAUGUGGAGGGCGCUACUUGCUGCUGGGGUGCCAGCCGAAGAAAUUGACGGGCUACCCACAAGUGCAUUGGCUGCAAAAUGCAAACAAAGGGGAUUGAAGGUAAGUUGCUUAAGCAGGGGAUCAAAGGGAAUAUCAGAAAUUGCUCAGCUGGCCACCAUCUUAAAGGGAAUGAUGACGCCGGCAGCUCAACCAACAGCCCCUCCCUUGGAUGCAUUUGAGGAUGAAGAAGACGAAGAGGAAGAUACAGAUUCAAGCGACGACAUGCUAGUAGAUGCAAGAGGCCCCAGUCACGUGGCUGCCAUCAGAAAAGGCAAGGCCAAGGGAAAAGGAAAGGUGAGAAGUAAAGAUCGGAGGUCCAAAAGCUUGGAUUUUCUUAGCUAG